UGUGCGGGGAAAUGAACACAAAGCAGACCUGGCUUCUGGCUAAGGUGGGGAGCAGUGAAUUGCGAAAUCAUCCGCCUGCCUCCUAAAAAUGCUGAUCAGAACUGACAGCCUCUAUUCAUAUCUGUCGCAAAGCUUCUGCUCGCUAAGUUGAGGCACGCUGUCCCCCGGGCGGUUCACCUGUCCUGUUUUUGAUCGCGCCCGCAGACCGAUUCGUGAUAACACAUUGCUCCAAAACAUGACAUGCUGUACUCCGUGUUGCUCAACGAGGUAAUCAACGAGCAGAAUGCUCCAUAGAUUAUUCUAGUCAGCGCAUUUUUUCUCGGUUAAAAUAUAAUGAUCUAUAUAGGACAAAUUUCAGAGGAACAAGUGAAUCCCAGGGUCAAGUUGAGGUAAAUAUGGACUGGAGAAAUGAUGGGUUCUCCACUUUCCAACAGUCCUACCUCCAACCUAAACCUGUAGGCAAGGUGAGGAGACGACUACAGGGCAUGCAAUUUCGGUCUCUCCAUGAGGCCAGCGUUGACCUAAGCCACAACGAGAGUGCUCGCCUGGCUACUGACGCGCUGCUGGAUGGUGGCCUCGAUGCUUACCAUGAGGCCCUGACUAAAGACGGAGAAGUCGACUUUUUGUCCUGUAAGGAGAAGGAUUACAUCCUAGGAAAUCUAUCGGACACAGUGUCCGGCAACUCAAAGGACGAUGAAGAUAAUAAGGAUGCACCGGAGGCAUCAGGCUCUCUUUGUGACUCCCAGACGUAUUUUCCGUCGGCUACAGAAAGCACCCCAACGGAGGUGGCAGUGGAAGACUGGAGUCAUCAUCUGCAGGAAGAAACUUCUGUUGAUGUACACUUUCAAACCAAUGGCUCUGCACGCAUGAAAGAUCUGCUGCGUGAGUUUAUUAGCAAAGCCACUACGGUUCUGGCCAUAGUCAUGGAUACGUUCAGCGACAUCGAGAUUUUCUGUGAUAUACUGGAAGCAAUGCGGAAGCGCAAUGUUUUCGUCUACCUUUUACUAGACCACCUGAACCUACCCAUUUUUGUAGAGAUGUGUAACAAUCUACAGGUCAACACUUCCCAUCUCUCAAGGAUGUCUGUUCGCAGUGUGCCUGGGGAGACGUACUGUGCCAAGUCUGGGAGAAAAUUCACAGGUCAAAAUCAGGAAAAGUUCAUCAUUGCCGACUGCACACAAGUGCUUGUUGGAUCAUACAGCUUCACUUGGCUGUCGUGGCAGGUGCACAGAAGCCUGGUCAUGCUCUUUAAGGGUAGUGGUGGGGUCGCGCCCUUUGACCUGGAGUUCCGUCGACUCUACGCAGCCUCUAUGUCGACGCAAGAAUUCCCUGCGACGGGAAACCUCCACAGUCUCCAAUUGUACCUGGACACCAAGAGUAUACAUACCCAGCCAGCCACGGCAAGCUCCACCACCACAUCAGGAGAACAACAACCAGCUGUCCAGCAUACAACUGAACCCAGGCAAGAUGUCACCGCAGUCCUAGGACCCCUACGAUUACCCAGCCCUGAAAGCCAGUUGAGCUCCACAACAACACAACCUAGAUAUCAGACGGUGACAUCCGCCCCGUUCAAAGCCCUGCCUCUGAGGCCAGCUCCAGCUGGACCGGGCCCCGGGCUUCAGCAGAACCCCACCACUGCUCUCAUGCCUCCGAGGCUUCAGCAGAACCCCACCACUGCUCUCAUGCCUCCGAGGCUUCAGCAGAACCCCACCACUGCUCUCAUGCCUCCGAGGCUUCAGCAGAACCCCACCACUGCUCUCAUGCCUCCGAGGCUUCAGCAGAACCCCACCACUGCUCUCCUGCCUACGAGGCUUCAGCAGAACCCCACCACUGCUCUCCUGCCUACGAGGCUUCAGCAGAACCCCACCACUGCUCUCAUGCCUCCGAGGCUUCAGCAGAACCCCACCACUGCUCUCAUGCCUCCGAGGCUUCAGCAGAACCCCACCACUGCUCUCAUGCCUCCGAGGCUCCAGUGGCUGUUCACCCAGCGCCACUCGUCCUUCCCCAGGAAUCACGGUGUGUCAGCGUUGCCCUGGCGACCCGCCGUCACCAACAGCAACUACCCUUUUUCCGGUGUUCCGCAGACAGCACACUGGUCCUCAGCGCUAAAAUGACUUGUGCUUGGAGCAAUGGAACACAGCUAUGUACUAAUAUUGUGCUUGACUUCAAUGUUUCUGCAUUAGCCAAUUCAUUAUUCAUGAUGUACAGUUA